ACGUAAAGUUGCACCCCCGUUGAGGGGAAAAGCGAUCAAUACUUAGCCAGAACGAAAACGGUGACAGUUCUUCUUUUAGCUGCUAUCGUGGUGGUUUUUUCGUUUAAAAUCCAUUACAAACGGCCCCAAAAUAAAUCCUAUUUCCCUCUCUUGUUUUAUUUCCAUCUAAAAACUGUUAUUACGUUUUUUUUGACUCACCACAGUGAUUCAAAGCACAUUCUAAAAACGAAUCUAUCUCAUUCGCGAAUACGGUUUCGUUGAAAUAUGGCAUCGAAAAUUAUGGUGAAGUACCCAGUUGCUCCAUUUGGGCAGGUGAAUAAAUCCAAACAACCAGGUACCGUAAACGCUGAUAUAGUAUCGGUGGCGCGAUCCCAAGAUGCAGCUCCGAAACCUUCGGAUUUGAAAUCGCAAGAUUCCUCUCGAGUUGCCCAAUUAGAACAAAACAUAAAAUUCCUUCAAGAACAACACCAGUUGAUGUUGAAUGGGCUACAUCACGAAGUUGAUAGUUUACGGCAUAGAAAUCGAGAGUUACAAUUCCAAUUGGUUUUUGCGAAAACUUCUUUGCCUACAACUCCGACGUCUCCAGAUGAAGAAGCUAAACAAAAGUCCGGAGAUAGUCCAAAGCAAUUAAAUGUGACUCCGCUUCAAAUUGAGAUCUUGGAAAAGGAGCUUAGCGAUCUAAAACUUCAGUUGCAAGAAGUUGAGAGUAAAAAUUCUUAUUUAACGGAGAUCAUCGAGGAGCAAAAAAUGAAAUUGGAAAAAUUUGAAUUGGAAAAAGAGCGCGAUCGCGAGCGCGAUCGCGAGCGCGUUUCUCAACCCGACCCGGAAUUAGUAAGAAAACUAGAUGAUGCCGAAGCUUUAAUAAGGCGCUUAAGAAGGGAAAAUUCCGAUUUGCGCCGAGAGGGUUCUUCGUCCCCAUCAAGAUAUGCUUCGAGAGAUUCAAUCGGGUAUCAAUCCCGAGAGCACAAUUCUCAACAAAAGAACACUGGCAGUCAAAAUCGGGGUAACGGUAGACACCGUGGUCAAUAUAGAAAUUGGUUUCCUCCGGUUCAUUCGCAGAAUUACUGGCAGACUGGCCGAAGUGUGGACAAGACUGGUGGUUCGUUAAACGAAGGCACCUCUUUACCCAACUUACAAGGUGGUAACUCCACCGGGAAUAAUCACCAAAGACAAAGAGGUAAUAAUAAUCAUUACCAUAAUGAAGGCAGGAAAUAUCGCGGCGGGCAUAAUCGAGGUAACAAGCAGACUUAAAAAGUCGGUAAAUAAAAUGAUUUUCUAGUCGUUUAGUUUUCGAAGUACUUUUAAAAAUAAAAAAAGUAAUUUGUCGAUGUCUACUUGUGGGGCAUAGUACUUGAUGUGAUAACGCAAAAAACUAUAUUAUUAAUUAUGUAUUGUUCGAAAUAUGGGAAGUGGCCGAGAAAACUUUUCUCUCUCUUCUAGAAAGAUCGUACUGAUAUACGUACCAUACGAGUAAUGAAAAAGCAUUUAAAAAAGCAUCUAGUACUUGUUAGUACAUGUUUUUUCUUUAUAUAAAUAUAUUAUAAAGCGAUGUGAAAGCACCAUAUACAUAUGCAGUGUUUCGAAGGAAGUAUUAUUGAUAUUAUUAUAAUUAUAUAUGGAGAUAUACUUUUUAGUAACCGCUCUCUAUAUGAUAUUUAUAUUAUUUAUUUGUUAUAUUUUGUAAUAUAUUCUACACGUCUAUUCGAUUAUAUAAAUGUAUAUUAAUCUAUUAAUAAAGAACUUUAUCUCCGAAUUACUCCAAAUAAAA